AUUUUUAAUUUUUUAUUCAGGCAUGUAAUUUGAAGGUUACAUUUUGUAUAGAAUUUAUCUAUUGCUGUAAGAGCUUCGGAGUCAGUUGCCAUCAUAAACUGGAAGGUCCAUGUGUGAAACUCAUUGGUAGCACCUGGAGACCCCGAGCUGUCUCUACAUGUGGCAGCCCCACGAGGGUCGCCCCAUGUCCUCCCUCUACUUCCUGGACGACUACAAGAACUGCCAGCCCGACGUCCAGUUCUGGAGAUUCGCGAUAACAGGUUGUGACAGAAACAGCAAACUCCAGAUCUGGUCGUGCGAGAAGUGGGUGUGCCUGCAGACGAUAAAAUUCCAGCCCUCACCGCCCCCAGUCCUCAAAGCAGGCCUGGACCUGGCCUCGGGCUUCCUCUUGAUGUCAGACAUUGCGAACAAAGCCCUCUACAUCCUCAGCCUCUCCAAGGACAUGACAGACUCAGUGGCAUGUAUCGCCAGCAUCUCAAAGUUCCUUCUUCCCUAUUCCAUUCUCAGUUUUGCCAUUGGUGAUGCUGGGAUGAGGAUGGUUCGACCCACUGGAGAGUCCCUGGAGGAUCUUUGUCCUUGUGAGGAUGAGAGUGAGGAUCAACACGUCAUCAGGAUGUACCUGAUGCUGCCAAAGUCUCUCCAAGAGUGACACAGCAUUUCAACCUGCUAAACUCGUCUCGAACGCUUGUCUCAUGGACACCCUCACCCACGACUCCCUGGACUACACAGAGGACCCCCAGCGCAUUCGUCACGAGCAGAAUGGAAUAGCUGAAGAGAAUGGAGAGGAAUCAGUAUCACUCAGCAAGUCUCAACCUCAUGACACCUGACGCCUUCAGUUCCCCAGC